AUGUUUCUCAAGGUGUCGUUCUGCGUCUUGUACAUGCACAUAUUUCUACCCUCGCGGGUCCUCAAAUCAUUAUGCAUCGCCCUCAUCAUACUGCUGAUCAUGGAGUUCGUCGAAGAGAUCAUAGUGGUCAUUCUACAGUGCCGACCCGUGCAGGCGGCAUGGGAUCCAACCAUCCCUGGCCGCUGUUUGAAUAUGACCCUGUUCUACUACGUCAGCUUCGGCAUCAAGUUGGCGACGGACAUUGCAAUAUUCGUUCUGCCAAUUCCUCCCUUGCUCCGGCUCAGGGUUCGGGGCCUCCAGAAGUUCGGGGUUAUCCUAAUGUUCGCUCUGGGGUUGCUAGUCUGCGUGACUAGCAUUAUUCGCGUGACUUACAUUAAAAACUUCAAUCCAGACCAUACAUGGUUUCUAGUUGCUCCACUCAACUGGUCCGCGGUGGAAGUCUGCGUUGCAAUAUUCAUAUCCUGCCUACCCUCACUCAAGACCUUGAUUACGCUCCAUUGGCAAAUCGCCAGCCGUGUCGCCUCGAGUAACAGGGAUAGCACCACCGAUUCUCUGUGCACCCGGAUCCGCACCUUUUUCCUGGGAAGUGGCAAAGAGGCGGACCAUGAGCAGCGGCAUAUGUCUCCUGAUGGAAUUGCUGGCGUCGAUAUUCCUCUUUCAGAGAACAAUGCCCGUACGGUAGACAGCGCUUCCAGUAAUUUUGUGGGAGAGGUAUGA